AUGGACGAAGAUCUCACCUCCCACUUCGGCCCCCUCCCCGCCGACGUCGCCCCCGAGCUGCAAGCCAUGCUACCCCUCCACAACAUCAGCGCCGAAGAGCUCUUCUACAAAUGGGAGUCCUACUGCAUGAAGAUGGGCCCCGACACCCGGCCCACCCCCGACACCGUCGCCGCCUUCCGCAAAGAUGUGCGCGACCAGCUCGAGAAGGAGGUGCGCGCCCGCAGCCGCACCCAGCAGCACCAGACACCCGCGCGCCGGAAGCCUACCGUCCCCGCAGGCGGUGCUGACUGGAUGAUAGAUGAGCUGACCCCCAGCGUCAAGCGCAAGUUUGACAAAGGGUACGAGACGCCUGUGAAGGCAUCGCGAGGGCCCGGUGGUGCCCCUGUGAAGGGGGGGGCGCCGUCGUUGUUUGCGGCGAGGGCGAAUGCGGGGGAGGUGGUGGAGGUGCUGAACGAGCAUCUUCCGCGGCCGGCGAUGCCGCAGCCGGGGGUGGAGGGCGGGUGGGAGGCGCGGGUAAAGCUGGUGGCGAAUGUGGAUAUCAAGCGGUUUGGGUUCCGCACGAUGCACCAGAAGCUGACGGAGGCGUCGGAGGUGAUGGACGACCGCAUCGACGAGAUGAUGACCGCGGUGCAGGAGCGCCACGGGCUUGCCGACGAGCAGUUUGGGAACCCGUCGACGGCGUCACCGGCGGAGGUCGUGGCCGUCGGCCGCAUUGUCUCGGACUCCCUCGACGGAAAACUCAACGCCGCGUCAGUCCUCCUCGAGGCAUCCCGGAGAAUGGGUGCCGGUGCGAGAGUUCCGCUCAAGCUCGACGCCGUCAAAAGCUUCUCCUUCUUCCCCGGCCAGAUUGUGGCAGUGCGCGGCGUCAAUGCCAGCGGUGCCUACUUUGCCGUCACGGAGAUCCUCGACAUCCCGCCGCUCCCGCUCCCUGCGUCUACCGCCGAGACACUGGCCGAGUCUGCCUCGCGCCUGGCUGGCGCCCCGUUGUCCGUCGUGGUGGCGUCCGGCCCAUACACGACAGAGGACAACCUCGACUUCGAAGCGCUCGAUGAGCUCUGCGAGCGAGCGGCGCGCGAGCGCCCUGACGUUGUGAUCCUCACAGGCCCGUUUAUAGACUCUGAGCACCCGCUCGUCAAGGUCGGCGACUUUGAGCUGGAGCGCGAGCGAGGCACGCCAAUCGCAGACCUGUUCCGCGAGCGCGUGAGUGCAAAGAUCCGAAAGAUCGAUAACAGCAUGGUGAUCCUUGUGCCGGCCGUGACCGAUGCCAUCAGCCCACACGUUGCGUAUCCGCAGGACGCCAUAAAGAAGCGCUCCCUCGAGCUGCCCACUAACGUGAAGACGCUCCCCAACCCCGCCACCUUCUCGCUCAACGAGGUGGUCUUCGCCGUAUCCACGCCCGAUAUCCUGCUACACCUGUCGUCCGCCGAGUGCCGGCACAACCCGCCGGAGCCACACCCUAUCGCACGGCUGUCGCGGUCGCUCAUGGCGCAGCGCAACUACUAUCCGCUGUUCCCCGCGGCGCCGGGGGUGAAUGUGGAUGUACCGUAUUGCAGGCUGGCGGACUUUGUCGCCGCGUGUCCGGAUGUAUUGGUGCUGCCAAGUGUGUUGGCGCCGACGGCGAAGGUGGUCGAGGGCGUGGUUGUGCUGAAUGCUGGGGCGGCGAGUAAGAGACGGGGGCAGGGAAUUGGGUGA